AUGGGAAAUUGUUGGCACGGGAAACCAUCGUGGGGAUGGGAAAUCAUCACCGGCAUCACCAUCACCUUCCCAGUGGUGCAGUAUGAGCUGGGCUAUGUCGCCUGCGCCACGGUGGCUCUGCUCUUCACCGUGGCCAUGCCGGUGGCUGGGAUGUGCUUCUGCUACUGCCGGAGCCGCCAACGGUGCGGGGGCCGCCUGCGUGCCCACCGGCGCUCGCUGGGCUGCCGUCGCCACUGCCUGCUGGUCUGCCUGUCCCUCACCUCCCUCGUCAUCCUGACCAGCGUCAUCUGCGCCUUCGUCACCAGCCAGCGGGGCAAUGGCACCUUCAACUCCAUCCCGGAGCUGGCUGUGGAGAGGAUGGCACAGGUCAUCCAGGAUCUGCGGGACGAGAUGGCCCGCAUGACGGAGAAGGUGCAGUCCAUCGCCAACAGCUUCCCCCUCCCCGAUUACACCCGUCCUGUCAGCGAAGCCCUGGUGAAGGCGGAGGACAGGAGCCAGCCGUACCUCCGGGAGGUGGAGCGCUUCGAGCAGUACAGGUGGAUCGCGGGCACGGUGCUGUGCUCCAUCAUCCUCCUCAUCCUUGCCUGCAACGUGACAGGGAUGGCCCUGGGGGCGUACGGGCUCUCCAAGCGGGAGGACCCAAGCGACUACGAGUGCCGAGGAGAAGCUGGCGCCAAGUUUCUCCUGGUCGGCGUGGGCCUGGCUUUCCUGUUCUCCUGGCUCCUCAUCCUCCUGGUUUUCGCCACCUUCCUGGUUGGGGGCAACGUCCAGACACUGGUUUGCAGGAAUUGGGUGAACCAGGAGAUUUAUAAGUUCAUUGACACCCCCGGGAACCUGCCUCCAUCCAUGAACCUCACCCGCCAGCUCAACCUCAGGAGGGACUCCAACCUCAGCGCAGCGUAUCGGGAGUGCAAGAGCGGCGCGGGGCUGUGGGAGGUGCUGCAGCUCGAGGGGUCCUAUGACCUGGAUGAGCAUCUAAAAACCCCCAAGUACACAGCCGAUUUCCAAAAACGCCUGGGUGACUUCACGGCACGCCUGGGUGACGUGCGGCUCCUCCGCAGCGAGGGCAGGCAGGACCUGGAGACCUUCGCCCGCAGCGGCAUGGACGAGGUGGACUACAGGCGCUUCCAGGAGGAGAUGAAACACCCCGUGGUGCAGACCAGCCUCCCUGGCUUGGCGAGGAGCCUCGAGGGGCUGCAGAAAAUGCAGGAGCGGCGGUACUUUGCGCAGUACCUGAACUGGGUCGGGCAGACGCUGAGGGAGGAUGUGGCUUCGUGCCAGCCGCUCGCCACGGCCCUGGACAACGGGCGGGUUAUCCUGUGCGACCGCAUCGCUGACCCCUGGAAUGCUUUCUGGUUCAGCCUGGGAUGCUGCACCUUUUUCCUCAUCCCCAACAUCAUCUUCGCCGUCAGGCUCACAAAACACUUCCCCCCCAUCCGCAACCGGCUCAUAGCCUCGCUGGGCUUGCUGAGAAAUGCGCUGAAAAACAAGCCGGGGGCCAAGGUUGACGGAGCUGCUGGGAGAAGGGCAUCGGUGAACCAAACAGAGACGGAGCUGGAGACCAAGGUGGUGACGAAGGUGAUCCGGGAGAUGUGCAUCCAGCAGUACCGCGAGUACCGCCUGGCCUCUGGCAUCCGGCUGCACCUUGCCGACGCAUCCCUCGCCGCCCUCCUCCUCCUCACCCUUUUCGCCAUGCACUGA